AUUGAUUUUCAAACUUUAUUGAUGGAAGUAGAAAAACAAGAGCUAUCGAUCCACCUAGUCACCGCCCAUGACUCGCCCGAGUUCGCUCACCUGACUCACGCCUUGACUCACUCCUUCGUCAUCGGACUCGACGCCGAAUGGAAGCCCAAUCGCCAGGCCUCCACCUUCCCCGCCGUCUCCCUCCUCCAAAUCGCGUGCCUACUUGUCGACGCGCCCGAGUCGCCGGUCUUCCUCAUCGAUCUCCAAACCAUUGACAUUCCCCCGGUUUACGAGCUGCUGAAACAAGUGUUUGUAGCGCCCAAUGUUUUAAAGUUAGGGUUUCGAUUCAAGCAGGACUUGGUUUACCUUUCGUCCACCUUUUGCGACCGCGCCUGCGCUCCUGGUUUUGAUAGGGUCGAACCUUUUAUCGACAUCAGUGCAAUAUACAAUCAAAUACAAACGAAGCAACAGGGGCGAAGGACACCGAAGCAAACAAAGAGUUUGGCAACAAUCUGUGAAGAAGUUUUAGGGAUCUCUCUCUCGAAGGAGCUUCAGUGUAGUGACUGGUCUCAACGUCCUCUAACUGAAGAGCAGAAGAAAUAUGCAGCUGCAGAUGCUCAUUGUUUGGUCAAGAUAUUUAACGUGUUCCACGCAAAGGUUGUUAGAGAAGGAAAAUCGUCUCAGCCAUCUGAUCCGGGGCUGAAGGAGAUGUUCCAGAUAUCAAGUGGAGAUAACAUUAUAACGAGAGCCACACUUGUAGAAGCUUCAAACAUGAUCCGCGCAACUAUGCCUGAAUUAGAUAGCAUACAGACGAUUGAGGAGGCUGGUUCCAUGAAGUCGAACGAUCUUAACAAACAAGUAGAUGAUAGCUUCCUGUGGGUAGUCAGGAAGCAUGGUGAUAGAAUAUUGCUAAAGGAUUCUGACCGGAAGCCCAAAACUUCCAAAAAGAAAGCUAAAAAUAUAAUAUCGAAACCCAAAACCAGUGAAAUUGUAGAAGACUGGCAAGGCCCUCCUCCAUGGGAUCCAUCUGCAGGAGGUGACUCGUGCCCCAAAUUUCUGUGUGACGUGAUGGUCGAAGGUUUAGCAAAACAUUUACGUUGUGUUGGGAUAGAUGCUGCAAUUCCGCAUUUAAGGAAGCCUGAUACCAGGGACUUAAUUGAUCAAGCACAAAAGGAGAAGAGAGUGCUCUUGACUCGGGAUGCCAAGAUUCUAAGGCAUGAGUAUUUGAUAAAGAAUCAAAUAUACAGGCUGAAAAGUCUCCUUAAGAAUGACCAGCUACUCGAGGUGAUCGAGACAUUCCAGCUUAAGAUUUCUGAGGAUCAGUUAAUGUCGAGGUGCACUAAAUGCAAUGGGAAGUUCAUCCAGAAACCUUUAACAACUCAAGAAGCCGUUGAAGCUGCUAAGGGAUUUCAAGUGAUUCCAAACUGCUUGUUCAACCGAAAUUUGGAGUUUUGGCAGUGCAUGGACUGCAAUCAACUUUAUUGGGAGGGUACGCAGUAUCAUAAUGCAGUCCAGAAGUUCAUCGAUGUAUGUAAGCUUAACGAGCACCCUGAAGGUUGAGGAGGAAGCUCAAAAAAUUCACGAGUGAUUGGAUUGAGUACGAAAAGAGCGCUGUCACCGAGUAGUAUAUCUCAUUUGAUUCGACACCGAGUAAUUAUGUCACGAAUAUAAUGUUAGCAUGUAUCAUAUUGCACAAUAUGAUAAUAGAAAAAGAAGGAUUUGCUGCAGAGUGCUGGACACCGGAAGACAGUGUUAGUUCAAGUCAUGGUGUUGCCUCCGCGCCGAUACAGAUGGGCUUACCACGUAGUAAUGAAUAUAUGCUCCAACGUUUCACUGAUAUGCACAGGGACACAGCACAUACCCAACUCCAGUCCGAUUUGAUUGAAGAUGUCUGGGCACGUAGGGGAGGGGGCGCAGGGUGAAGAACUUGUGUGAUUUUCUGUAGUGAAAAUUUUCAUUGCAUAGUUUUCCCCUUCAUUUAAUACAACGAAAAUUUAAUUUUCAAAUUAUAUUUAUUGAAUUAGUCGUUUUUUUUCUAAUUA